UAAGGGAAGUUGACGUGGAUAUGCACAAAGAAAGAAAACAAAGCUUAUCUGCUUUCUUCUUCUGCCCUAGAAUCCAAUCCACACUGUAUCUGAAUCCUAACAAAGCUAACACAAGCAAAUCUUUAGUUUUGCUUCCUCUGUCAUUGACAUGGCGCAGCCUCCUCUUCCUCCUGCACAAUCUGUUCAGGAACUGAUCUUGGAUGGCGGAACAGUACCAGAGAGAUAUGCUUAUAAAGAUGACAAAAGUGCAAGCUUUGAUGAAUCUCUUCCUCUGAUGGAUGUUCCAGUCAUCGAUCUUGGCCUUCUCACACCUUCAUCAUCAUCACCAGCUGGAGAGGAAUUAAUUAAACUCCGCUCAGCUCUCGCUUGUUGGGGAUGCUUUCAGGCGAUAAAUCAUGGGAUCAGCAGCUCAUUUCUAGAUCAACUGCACGAACUAACUCAACAAUUAUUUGCGCUUCCAAAAGAGGAGAAGGAGAAAUGCGCUAGAGCGCCUGAUGGUAUUGAAGGCUAUGGAAAUGACAUGGUUUUGUCAGAGCAACAAGUAAUCGACUGGAAUGACCGCUUGUACAUCAUCAUAUCCCCCGAAGAAAAGCGAAAGCUUGAAGUUUGGCCUGAAAAACCCGAAACUUUCAGGGAAGUAAUACACGAGUACACAGUAAAGUUACGGCCAAUCAUAAACAAUGUAUUCAAGGCCAUGGCAUUAUCGCUGAAUCUGGAGGAGAAUUGCUUCCUGAACCAGUUUGGAGAACGAGGGGUGAUGUUUGCAAGGUUCAAUUAUUAUCCUCGAUGUCCGAGGCCUGAUCUUGUCCUUGGCCUCAAGCCACAUGCCGAUGGAUCAGCAAUCACUGUGGUUUUGCCGGACAGAGAAGUGGAAGGCCUCCAGUUCAUGCACGAUGGCCAGUGGUUCAGAGUCCCCACCAUUCCAGGGGCACUUCUUAUUAACGUGGGAGAUCAAGUCGAGAUAAUGAGCAACGGCAUUUUCAAGAGCCCGAUGCACAGAGCAGUGACAAACGCAGAGAGAGACAGGAUCUCUCUCGUGGUGUUUUGCACUCCGGAGGAAGAGAACGAGAUUGGACCUGCUGAUGGGCUGAUCAAUGAGGAAACGCCAAGAUGGUACAAGAAAAUCAGGAAUUAUGCCGAGACUUACUUUGAGUAUUACCAGUUAGGAAAGAGACCUAUUGAUGCUGUCAAAAUGUAGCUUCAGGUGGUUAUUAUUCCACCCUUUGUAAGCACAAAUCAGAGUUUUUCACUCCUGAUCUAUUUGUCUAUUUGUCUUA